GGAACCAGCAGUCAGAGCUGCGAGACCAGUGCGAGACGCAGUCCUGCACCUCUCAGAUAUACAGUUUCUCCAUCAUCGACCGUAGCAAAAUGCCCCUGGGAGAGGAUGGACCCUCUUGGAAAAAGAAAACAUCGAACAUCAAGGAUAUCUAUGACUUCAAAGAGGUUUUGGGCACAGGGGCUUUUUCUGAGGUGAUGCUCGCUGAGGAGAAGAGGACGAGGAGACUGGUGGCCGUAAAGUGCAUAGCCAAAAAAGCUCUGGAGGGAAAGGAGAACAGCAUCGAAAAUGAGAUCGCCGUGCUCCACAAGAUUAAACAUGCCAACAUAGUUUCCCUGGAGGACAUCUUUGAGAGUAAAUCACACCUCUACCUUGUCAUGCAGCUAGUGUCUGGCGGCGAACUCUUCGACAGGAUUGUGGAAAAAGGAUUUUACACUGAGAAAGAUGCCAGUAAGCUCAUCCAGCAGAUCCUGGAUGCCGUCAAAUACCUGCAUGACAUGGGCAUUGUGCACAGAGACCUGAAGCCAGAGAACCUGCUGUAUUACAGUAUGGAUGAAGAAUCCAAGAUCAUGAUCAGCGAUUUUGGCCUGUCAAAGAUUGAGGGUUCGGGCAGUGUGAUGAGCACAGCGUGUGGCACUCCAGGAUAUGUAGCUCCUGAGGUUUUGGCACAGAAGCCAUACAGUAAAGCGGUGGACUGCUGGUCAAUCGGGGUCAUCGCUUACAUCCUUUUAUGUGGCUAUCCUCCAUUUUACGAUGAGAACGAUGCCAAGCUUUUUGAGCAGAUCCUGAGGGCCGAGUACGAGUUUGAUUCGCCUUAUUGGGAUGAUAUAUCUGACUCAGCCAAAGAUUUUAUUGUUCAUUUAAUGGAAAAAGAUCCCAAUCAGCGUUACACGUGUGAACAAGCCCUUCAGCACCCAUGGAUCGCUGGAGACACGGCCCUGGAUAAGAACAUCCAUGAAUCUGUCAGUGCCCAAAUUAAGAAGAACUUUGCCAAAAGCAAGUGGAAGCAAGCAUUUAAUGCCACAGCAGUGGUCCGCCACAUGCGCAGGCUGCAGUUGGGCACCAGUCAGGAGGGUCCGCCGCAGAACACACUGCCCAGCCCAUGUCAUGGUCACCUGCUGCUGCCCGAGGGGGACGAGGACGGCAGCGUGAGGGAAAACAGCGGCUGUUCUGAGGGCGUCAGUGACGGGAACGACAUCCAGAACUGCAGCUACCACCUCCACCCUACUAGCCGGGUCUGAGUGUCAAUCAUCCUGAACCAACCAAUGACUGACUGUCCUGUUUUAUUUUUCCCACCGGAGUCCUGCCACACCUCUCAGGUCUGGCCAGGAAACACUGCGUAGCUCCAGCAUCCUGCCACUUGGAGGCGCUGCAGUGUAAAGAAACCAGGUGGGGGAAACGGGGUCACUACUAUUCCAAUGGAGAGAGAUUCUGUUUAGUGAGAGCUCUGGACUGAAAAGAGACCGGAAGAUUGCUAUUGGAGCUUCGUGGGGGUAAAUAUAUGCUAUUGUGGGAGCCGGAUAAAGAUUGGACAGUGUUUUAACUCUUUAUUUUAAAAACAACUACUCUGUCUGGUUUUCUUUUUCUUUUCCAGAACUAAAAGAUGUGCACGGGCCUGCUUCUGUUUUAAUUCUCAGUUAACGCUGUUGCCACAGUUGUCGUCGUUGAGAUGUGGCUUAGUUUAUUAGAGAUACAAGUUCGCAAUCAGUACAAUUUGUUUCAGUGUUUUAUACACAGCUUAUUUUGCUCACAAAUGCUGCAUUUAUUUAAUUUAAUUAACUAGAUUGUGGAAUGUUAUUGCAGUGUUACUGUAAAUAACUGAUAUUUACUGAUUGUACACUGUAAAAAAUUGUUUUAGUGCAAAGUGAAAACCCUUUUGCUUACCCCAUUGACAAAUUAUUUAGCAUUUUUUAAGGAAAAACUCUUAAUUUUGACGUAUUGAUGAAAAUGCAUCUUGAUUUAAGGAUCUUUUUUGA